CUGACCGGCUCAGGAUGGGGCCGCUGCUGUCUCUAGGGGUUGGGCUGCUGCUCCUCUUGCUGUGGGCCAGGUACAAGGGGCUCGAGUACGUGCUGGUCCAUCACCGCUGGAUUUUUGUGUGCCUCUUCCUGAUGCCCCUUUCGGUCCUUUUUGACAUCUACUAUCAGUUCCGCGCUUGGGUGGUACAGAAGCUUCACAGUGCUCCUUUGCAGCACGGCCAACGUGUCCGCCACAUCCAGGCACAGGUGCGAGAGUGGAAAAAAGGCCAGAAAACAUACAUGUGCACUGGCCGUCCUGGCUGGCUUACGGUAUCUCUUCGUGUUGGAAAGUACAAGAAGACUCAUAAGAACAUAUCCAUCAAUUUGAUGGAUAUUCUUGAGGUUGAUACUGAAAGACAGGUUGUCCGUGUGGAACCCUUGGUUACAAUGGGUCAGUUAACAGCACAUCUCAACUCCUUGGGCUGGACUAUUCCAGUGGUACCAGAGCUUGAUGAUCUUACCGUAGGUGGCUUGAUCAUGGGAACUGGCAUUGAGACGUCUUCACACAUUUAUGGACUGUUUCAGCACACCUGCAAGGCCUAUGAACUCGUACUUGCUGAUGGAAGCCUCGUGAGAUGUACCCCGGAGGAGAACUUAGACCUAUUUUACGCAGUGCCUUGGUCUUGUGGUACCCUGGGCUUCCUGGUUGCAGCCGAAAUAAACAUUGUCCCAGUUAAAAAAUAUGUAAAAUUGCAUUAUGAACCUGUGAGAGGAUUGAAGGCAAUAUGCAAAAGAUUUACUGAAGAAUCUGAAAAGAAAGAAAACCACUUUGUGGAGGGGUUGGUGUACUCAUUGGAAGAAGCUGUUGUAAUGACAGGAAUUCUGACUGAUGAAGCCGAUCAGAGCAAGAUUAAUAGCAUUGGGAACUACUAUAAGCCAUGGUUCUUUAAACAUGUGGAGAAGUAUUUGAAGGCUAACAAGACAGGAGUAGAGUAUAUUCCAACAAGACAUUACUAUCACAGGCAUACACGGAGCAUUUUCUGGGAACUCCAGGACAUCAUACCUUUUGGAAAUAAUCCUGUUUUUCGCUACUUGUUUGGUUGGAUGGUACCUCCUAAAAUCUCUCUCUUAAAACUGACUCAAGGAGAAGCAAUUCGAAAGCUCUAUGAACAGCAUCAUGUGGUUCAAGACAUGAUGAUCCCUAUUAAAAGUCUUGAAAAAUGUAUUGAAACCUACCACAGUGACAUCAAAGUUUAUCCCCUGUGGCUGUGUCCCUUCAUGUUGCCUAAUAACCCUGGCAUGAUUCACCCAAAAGGAGAUGAAACCGAGCUGUAUGUAAAUGUUGGGUCCUAUGGAGCACCCCAAACAAAACACUUUGAUGCCAUGGCUUCUACCAGACAAAUGGAAAAGUUUGUUAGAAGUAUACAUGGUUUUCAGAUGUUAUAUGCAGAUUGCUAUAUGACCCGUGAAGAAUUCUGGGAAAUGUUUGAUGGUUCCCUAUACCGCAAGCUAAGGAAGGAACUUCAAUGCAGUGAUGCUUUUCCAGAGGUGUAUGAUAAAAUCUCCAAAGCUGCAAGACAUUAAAUCUCUAACCUCAACAAGCAAUCAGGGAAAUGUAAUUUCACAAAAACU